UUCAGAUCGCGAUGAAAGUAGCCUGGUCCUAGGCCAGUUGAAAGGACAUAUCCUAACUGCUGGGGCUUUUAUCAGACUCACAACUGCCCUCAACCGACACGAAGAAUGUAACUGCACCGUUACCCAUCAGCAAGGGACUUCUGGGUUGCUGGCGGAAUGUUUAAGGCGGGCACUUCGGCGACCCAGGUGUUUUAGGACAACGUCCGCGGUUCGGCUGCCCUGUUAUCGCCAUAGCCUAAUAUAACAACACAUCAGCCUUAACCGGCGUCUAGCCUGCUUUACCUUCGAUAGUCAAUCGUCGGCGCUUGCAUGCUCUACAGUUUCACUGAAGUUAGUUGGAUAGUUUUCCAAAAGGUCGGAUUUACAAUGAAAGCCAAGACUGGGGUCAUCCUAGUCAUGCUUGCUGCUUUCGUUUAUGUUGCAGCACAGGAUGCUGAAGCCGAGCAAAAUGUUGUGGAAGAGUUAUUGGUGGAAACCUUGGUGAAACCCGAAACUUGCUCUAUAAUGUCAGAAAUGGGAGACACGCUACAAAUCCACUAUACGGGUAAACUGCUGGCAGAUGGCAAGGUGAUUGACUCAUCACUGUCCCGGGACCCCCUUGUUGUUGUGCUGGGAAAGAGGACUGUUAUCCCUGGUCUGGAACAGAGCUUGGUAGGAGUUUGUGAAGGACAAAAAAUCAAGACCACUAUUCCACCACACCUUGCCUAUGGAAAGCGAGGAUACCCUCCCACCAUCCCAGCUGAUGCUGCCCUAGAGUUUGAAGUGGAGGUGAUGUCACUGAUCCAGGUAACCCCAUGGCAGAAGAUGGUGAAUGAUGUCUUCCCUCUAGUGUGUCUGGGCCUGGUUCCCACUCUGCUGGGCAUGGUGGGCCUCUACCUCUAUAACAAGGCCAAUGCCCAGCGGCCAGGCAAGAAGGCCAAGAAGAGAAAGAAUAAAUAAAGGAAACUCACAGAACUAUUUAAAUAAUAAAAUGUAAAAACAACAAGGAAACGUUGUUAUUAUCGGA